CAGAAACAAAACACGGCUGGCUGGAGGAUAUGCACGCAUGCCGGCCGAGAACAUUGCGAUCUUCCUCCAGGCCGCUCUUCGACUAGCACGCGCGACCGUUGGUAUAGGAGGGGGGUAGAGGCGGCCCGGUUUUUCUAUAACUGGUAACUGUGCAUCGAGCCGAAGACAUACGCAGAAUCGCGUACCGUGUAUGUGUACACGGCUACCGCGAGGAAGAGAAAGCAGGAACACGUGGAAGGCGAAGCGAGAGUAUUGCAGCGUUGCUCGCGGAUGACGUGUGAAGGGCCGCGCGAGAGGAAGAGCGCUGGCUGGACGGUAGCUGGCGGCGACCCUCUUUCCUGGUCCAGUGCGGAGAAGGACGCCCUUCCCAAUUCCGUCACGGCACAUUCCCUCCCUCGUUCGUGGCUCCGGCGGCGAGGGAUCUCCCACACUGCCCAGCCAAAGCUAUAAAUGGCCCUUUGCAAACGCACGCGCGGUUUCUUGCCAUUCUGGAUUUCGGACAGCUUAGGUGGGGACACAGCGCCGGCUGCGAGACGACAUGACGUCUCAAAUCAAGAUCUCGGCGCUGAUCCUGGUAGCGUGCUGCCUCGCGCUCGCUUCGAGCCAUGCCGGGAUGGAGCAUGGCACAGGGCAACACGUGUAUGCGGGCGGCGAGGACUAUCCGCACGGGUUCGUGGUGCGCACCCUCCACGAGGGAGAGGACCGACACGGCCACCGGGGCCGCGGCUACGGCCAUGGCCAUAGGGACUACGUGAACGAGCCGGAGUACGUGGUGCGCAGCCCGUAUGGUGCCCUUCUUCAGCAGUCAGAAUCACAGCACAUGUACGCCACCGGCGCGGCGCUAGGCCUUGGAGGCGCCUUGGGCCACGAGCACGCAGCCUUCUUUCCGGAGCACAUGGGUGGUUACCUGAUGGCGAGAUGAAGUCACCAACAUGACACUGGACAAA